CCUGGCCCCGGACUGGCGCAUCUGCGGGACGCCUGGAGGCUGCGGACAGCUGGGAGGAGGAGGAGCUGCCCCAGGCCCCGCGUCUGCAUCCUGUGGGAAGGCGGAGAGAGGGAACCGUCGCUUGUGGCACCUUCAGCAUUCUCCGGGGGCCGAGGGGCUUUGCCUCAGGACGCGUGGGAACUAGCCUCCCGCCCCAGAAGCUCCGCUGGGCUCCGCUAUCUCGCCCAGGCUCAGGCUAAAUAUUCCUGGAGCCCUUAAUUAUUCUUCAUAUGGUAUUUCUUAAAAGUAUUGUACUCAGAGAUCAUCUACCAUUACUACUCAGUCAGGCACUUUGAACUCCUAUUGAGAUGUGGUGGUUUCAGCAAGGACUCAGCUUUCUCCCUUCAGCCCUUGUUAUAUGGACAGCUGCUGCUUUCAUCUUUUCAUACAUUACUGCGAUAACUCUUCACCAUGUGGACCCUGCAUUGCCCUAUAUCAGUGACACUGGAACAGUGGCUCCAGAAAAAUGCUUGUUUGGGGUAAUGUUAAAUAUCGCUGCAGUCUUAUGUGUUGCCACCAUAUAUGUUCGUUAUAAGCAAGUUCAUGCUCUCAAUCCUGAGGAGCCUCGGAUCAUCAAAUUAAACAAGGCUGGCCUUGCACUUGGAUUAUUUAGUUGCUUAGGACUUUCUAUCGUGGCAAACUUCCAGAAAACAACCAUUUUUGCUGCACACAUAUGUGGAGCUGUGCUCACUUUUGGCUUGGGUUCCAUUUAUAUGUUUGUUCAGACAAUCCUCUCCUACAAAAUGCAGCCUAAAAUUCAUAGCAAACAAGUCUUCUGGAUCCGGCUUUUGGUGGUUAUCUGGUGUGGAGUGAGUGCAUUUAGCAUGCUGACUUGCUCCUCCCUUUUGUACAGUGGCCAUUUUGGUUCUGAUAUAGUACAGAAACUCCACUGGAACCCCGAGGACAAAGGAUAUGUACUUCAUAUGAUCACCACUGCAGCAGAAUGGUCCAUGUCUUUUUCUUUCUUUGGUUUUUUCCUGACUUAUAUUCGUGAUUUUCAGAAAAUUUCCUUACGUGUAGAAGCUAAUAUACAAGGACUGACUCUUUAUGAUACUGCCCCUGGCCUUAUUAACAGUGAAAGAACCCAUCUACUUUCAAAGGAUUCAUGACAAAGGGAGAAGCUGUAUCUGUGAUGAUCAUGAUCUCAGGGAUUGGCAUAUUGUUCCUGAAAAUUUCUUACUAUGCUCUCAGAUUUCUAACCACUUAAUCAAGGCAAAGACACUGCUUAAUAAUGUUACUCAAAUGAUGUGUAAUAAGCCAUUUGAUAAGUGAUUUUUAGGGAUAUUAUCUAGAGAGGCAUUUUAAAGCAUAUUCCUUUUUUUUUUAAUUUUGGAAAAUAAAACCAAAGGAACACACACACACACACACACACACACCUAUCCAUUGCAAUUUUUUUUUCCUUAAAUGGAAGCAGCUGGAAGUGCACAGGACUGCAAAAAAUUUUCCACAGGACACUGCAGAAAAAAAGUUUUCACAGCUUGCAAAUUAUUACAGUGUAUGUUUUAUCUGGAGCACCAUAUAUCUAGUAUAUGUGUGAGAGUGUUAUAUUCUAGCAUUUUCUAUACUCUCUAUACUCAAGGAACUUCUAGAUUUUCGUCAUUAUUUCCUUUAGAGCCAAAAUUAGACAUAGGGAAUGACAUGUUAAUUAAGCUUUUUUUUUUUUUUUUAAAUCACAGACUAUAAUUGUACAUGGCCUCAGGAACAUUGGUAGUAUAAAGUUAAAGAAGCCAAGUUCUUUGAGUCUCUGAUGCCUCUACUUGUUUCACAAUGUAAUCAAUCUAGAUCCAGAUAAAAGAUAACUAGUCACAGGCCUUAAGUUCCCAGUGUCAAAGCAUUGCAUGAAGAUGGAUACUGCCUUGGUUUUGCCAUGAAACAUUAGACACUUUCUCAGGAUCAAUAUUGUCUCCUUUACAUAUUUACAGCAGUUUGGGAGAAUUUUGUCUCAUGUUUGAAGUACAUCAUCUAACAAAGAUAAGUGAUAGGUUUACUACAAGUAAAGAGCUUCCCUACAUUUUUUUUCCCCACUGGAAUAUGCUGUAUCUAUUAUAGAACAUCUCUUGAAGCUAGGAAAUUUAAGUAACCAAUAAUUAAUCAUGUAAAAGAAUCUUUUUUUAAAAAAAAAAUCAUGAUUUGAAUCUGUUUAAAGAACUGUGAAUGAUUUUUAAAAAGACAAGUCCAACAGAAAAGAAAAUUAGAUGGAAAAUAGUUGAAAUGCAUCAAGUUUUGUGAACCUUUCCUCUCCUAUCUUUUCAUUUCAUACCUGAGACCAGAGUGCUGAAUUUUCAAGACCUUUGCUUAAGGUCUUGUCUCAACAAGCAAAUCAUAUACUAUUAAGGGCCUUAAUCAUUUACAAAAGAUGAAGGUUCUGAAAAGAAUCUAGAGUAGAAAAGAAUUAGCUGUUUUGAAAGUUGCCUUUGGGUAGAUGAUGUUGCAAGAGAAAUUGAUUAAAUUCUCAGGCACAAGUACAUAGAAAUUGUACAGAGCCAGAGAAAUUAUAGAGAUAAAGUUGCCUUUUAUUUUUUACAUGAAUAUAUAUGGUCAUCUUUCAAUAAAACUAACAUUCAUAACAGGAAGGAAUCCAUACCUAUUUUACUUCCACUUUCAAAAGGCAGUCCUUUAAAGUGAUAGGUUCUGCUUAUAAGACCUUUGGUGACUAUCAAUGCAAAAUCAUAGGGUUUUUGAUUUGAAAGGGACUUUAGAAUUUUACCUGCUGUGUCAGAGCCCCUCUGAAAUUUCAUGCUAGAUUAGGGUUAGAGUUAGCCAUUCAAUUUAUGCUUGAAUGAUUGCAUUUGCCAAGCUGCCUUAUCACUUUAUUUCAUUUUUUUGAAAAGCUGUAAUUGUUAGAAAGUUCCUCAUUUUGAACCAAAAUCUGUUCCCCAUUUGACUUUAAGCAAAAUAAUGUUGCCAUUGAAAUUCAUACCAGGUACCUAGAAUCAGCCACCAUUUUCUUGUAAGAACCUAGACUCAAAAACUUUUGCCUGACUUCCAUUUUUUAAAAGUCAUUUAGACAGAUAAAGAUUUAUUUACUUAAAAAAUUCAGUAGGGAAUUAGCAUUUGUCACUGAAAAGAAACUGGUUUAAAAAGCAGAAAAGAUAAGAAAUCUUUUAUCAAGAAAUUUACAUGGUAAGAGUUUUUCAGGAAUCAGUACAUCUAACAUUUGAGGGAAGUUCACAGGGAAAUCUCUAAGUUUUAAAUGACACUAAGGUUUUCUUAGCACUAAACCAGAUGGAACAGAAGAAACUAAAAGAAUAUCUUACAGGCUUCAUGUUCAUGAAUGGUCCAAAAGGUGGCAUUUAAACCAUUAGCCCAAUGGGCAAGAGAGUCAAGUAAAGCAGUUGAGAAACAUAUUUCCUGCUCUGCUCCGAAGAUCUGAGCUGUUGAUUGUGAACCAGAUAAAGGACCUAGAAAUCCCUAGAGCCUGUGGCCUAAAAACAUUUCCAGUAAUAUGUCAAAAGAAAAUAAAAUGCUUACAUCAAAAGGAAAACAUACUGGAAAUAGAAGAAUCUAUACAUUAAAAAUCUAAAUCUACAUCUGGAAUACACAAUGUGAUUCUAAAUUUUACCUCAAGAAAAUUGCAAGUGAGCUACAGAAAGCCCAUGGAAGAGCAGCUGAAAUGAUGUAUGAAUGGAAAAGCUACUGUAUGAAGAAAAUCUAAAAAAAAUCCUUAGGACUCUGACCUGAAAAGAAUGAAGGCUGAGAGGGCAAGUGUAAUUAGUUUAUGAAAUUCUGAAUGCUGUUGAUGGACAGCAGACACCUGAAUGUGUUCUCAUGAAAUAUUGAAGCUCUACUUCUUGAUGUUUGAAAGAGAUAGCUCUUGGACCAACAAAAAUGUUCAAUACAUUUAUGGAAUCUAUUAUUCCUAGGAAUAAUAAAGGCUAAAGAAAAUAUGUUCAAGAAGAAAAUUUAAAUAAAUGCCAUGGUAGAUUAAAAUGAAUUAUUGAGAAAUGUCAGAUGAGCACUGCAAAUUGUCUUUCCUUGAAAGCAUUUUCUUAAUGCAUAUUUUAAGAGAGAAAAAAUAAUCUGGAAUGGACAAUAGGUUAAUCUAUUGAAACUUCACUUAAGACAUUUAUUCCCAUACAGUGUUUUUAUAUACUGCAUUCAGAACAAGGCCUUUAACUUUAAUUAAUGAAGAUGGCAGCAAAAACAUAGUCUUAAUGAAUUCUCAACUUUUUUCCUGUUACAAACAUCAAUCAUAUUUACUUCUUAACAUUUAUUUCAAGCACCAAGAUACAAGUGGAAGUGAUGACAAAGAUUACUGGAUUAAGUUUGAGGGAAGAAAAAGGGUUAUAUAGCUGUCUCAUUAACUCAGCAAUGAGCAGUUAACAAGAAUGAAGCACAGAGACAGCACCUAUGUAUGGAAAUAGCUCAUGGACCAUAUGGAAGCAAACAUCGUUGACCAAAUAUGACCACUCGAGCCUCUUCACUGUGUGAUUGAUCCUUAUGUUUGGAUCUCUUGGUUCUGUUCCUUCAGUACAGCUUUCUAAAUAAUCCUUGUUGAAAAGGCAUCGCAUUUUUCUAGAUGGACCUCUUGGCUGCUUAACUUUCGGUUAACCCUAUCCUCAGUGGUAUGAAUAUACUGAUUUUCCUUAAGAAGAAAGCCUUAGCCCCUUUCCCACUGAUUCACAAUCAUUUGGAUAAUGUUUCCAAUCCAAGAAUAGUUGACAAAGUCCCAAGAAAUAAUUGCUGAUUUAAAAAAAAGUUUGUCUAAGCAAUUUGAUGAUGAUGUAUUUUUUUCUGGAUUUUAGUAAAGAGAUGUCUUUAAAAAUAUCAAGAACAGGAAAGGAAGAAUUAAGACAUCCAUGCCAUGUAAUGAGAGGUCUGUAUAAGAAUGAGCAUCUGGUGAUCUAGGUAAUUAGCUACAGACUAUUUGUAGAUAAGCUUAUCAGAAACUAGUAUGAAAGUACUAGCUUUUGUCUAUAAAAUUUUAAGGGUGAUCUCAGGCAUACACAAACUAAGUUGAGUCUUGCAAAAAGGGAAACAAAAGGCAGAGGUGACAGAGCAGACCAUUCCAUCCAAAACCCAUAGUGAGUGUGAUGCAGAUAAAGAACCAACAAAGGAAACUUAAGGAGCUGUUGGACAGAUAAGAGGGGAGCCAGGAGGACAGUGUCAUAAAAGCUUAGUGAAGAGAAGAUCCAGAAGUGAAAGCAUUAUGAUACUAUAGAGGGGAUGAGGAACUGAGAAACAACCAUUAGAUCUGGCAACUAAUACAUCUUUACAGAGACGGUAGCAUUCUCAAUGAGUUAGCCACAAAAGGGAGAAGAGAUCUAGGGACAGUAGCUAGCAAACAUGAUAGCAUCCAAUGAGGAUUUUUUUUUUAAAGGAUGGGGCAGAUAAGUGGUAAAAAAUUAUGUAAAGUUUGGCUUAAAAAAGAUUUAGACCAUCAAAAGCUAAGAAAAAGUGGUUGAUGGAUCAACCAUGCUAGUGAAGAUCCUAGGGGCAGAUAAGGGAUGAGUUAUAUAAAAGUUUGGUUUUUUAAAAAAGUUUACAUCAUCUGAUGCUUAGAAAAAUUGGUUCAUGAAUUAGCACUGCUAGUGAAGAUAUCAAUUGGAACCUGUUACUAGAUGUGAUUUAUAGAAGUUUCUCCACUGUUGUCUAGAAGGAGGAAGUAUUUUUUACAUUUUAACACACAUGCUUUAUGAAUCAUGUUGGAAGAGAAAAAUCUGAGCAAAAGGGAAAAACUAUAGGAAAGAUUAAAAAGAAAAAAGUGAACAGCAGUGUAUUGUUUUACAUUCAGUCUCAGAUCUGGAUGGAGAUGGCAUUUCUAUCCAAAGUCUAUUGGGAUUGCUCUGAACCACUGAGAAGAACCAAGUCUUUCCUAGUUGAUCAUCUCACAUUCUUGCUGCUAUUGUGUACAAUGUAUUCCUGCCUCUGCUUGUUUCACUCAGUAUCAGUUCAUGUAAAUCUUUCCAGGCUUUUCUAACAUCCCCUUGUUCACCAUUUUUUAUAGAACAAUAAUAUUCCAAUAUCUUCACAUACCACAAUUUGUUCAGCCAUUCCUCAAGCCAUUCAUUCCUUUUCCAAUCAUUGCUAUCACAAAAAGAGCUGCUACAAACAUUUUUGCAUAUGUGAGUCCUUUUCCCUGAAGGAGGGAUAUUUCAGUGAGAUUUGUGUUGCAUCUGGGAUUUGAGACAGUUUUCAAACUGUUAAUAUUUUUUUUUUCUUAAAAAGGUUCAUAAUGUAGGAGUUAAAAGCCAUUGCUGGGAAAUUUGUUACUGUUUAGCUUUUUUGUUUCAAUGUUUCUUUUGUAAUACCUCUGAUUUUUUUGACCUUGGCUACACACCUUUUAGGGAAGACAGUUUGGGGACAGAGAUAACAAUAUUAACGUUUAUAUAACAGUUUAGGUUUGCAAAGUGCUUUGCAUUUAUUUACUCAUUUGAUUGUAGAUGUCAUUUCCAGCAUAUCUGUGUUGUGACUUGGAUCCAUAUUACAAAUUCAGGAUGUGGAGUACAUCACCUAGAGUUAAGAAAGGUGGCUAAGUGCUACAAUGGGGAGGGGGAGAGUUAGAAAAGCUAAAUUUAAAUCCUACCUUAAAAACUUAAAAGCUAUAAGACUUAAUGACAGGGCAAAUCAUUUAACUUUCCUUAGCUGUGCAAUGAGGGUGUUGGAUUCCAUGGUCUUAAAGAGAAUAUGUGGUCAUUAAGAAUAGGUAUAUUGAGAACAAUCUAACUUUUUUUUUUCUAACAAGAUUGCUGGAUUAGUGUGCUGGAAAUAUUAUGGACACAGUUUACUUUUCAGUAAUAUUAAAAUAUUUUAAUGAGUCUUAA